CCUCCUCUGGCGCUGAUGUCACCCCUCCCAAGGAAGGACCGCCUCGGCCAGGAGGCUGCUCCGUUGCCAGGGCAACAGCAUCCUCCUCUCCUCUCCCGGAUGCUCCCGCUCUUGGGAGGAGGUGUAGCCCAGCCGGGCUCCAGGCAUCAGGCAGUUCUCGAUGCUGGGCCCAGCUCGCUGCAGCGGCUGCCCAUGGCUGCAGGCAGGAGCAGCCCUGCCGGGAGAUGCACAGACACAGACACAGACACAGACACCCCACGCCCCCCUUUUUCCUAUCGGGCAGGUGCCUGGCGGGCUUGGCGUUCGCUGGGAGGCCACUUCUGCCUGGCUGCGUCUGCAGCAGCUUUGGAGCCAAGCCGGGCUGUCCGAGGAGCGCAGUCCGUCACCCAGACUAAUCCUCUGGCCGGCUGCUGCGGAGACGGAGAGCCGGGCCAGCAGCAAGGAGGGCGGUGUGGCGCGGCGUGGCCCGUCUGGCCCCAGAAAACGCAGGCCGGAGUCCAGGCCCUCAGGGAGGGGGGCGUGUGCAGGGAGGGCCGGCUGAACAAACACGCUCCGCGGCUGCUGCAGCGGGAGGCUGCUGGAGCCCCACCACCACCACCACCACCUCCUCCUCCAGUCAGACAAGGACGGUCGCCUGCCCGGCUGCUCGCCAUGAGGCUGCUGUUGCUGCUGGUGACCCUGCCGCUGGCCUUCGCUGCCGAGGAGUCCUGCGAGGGCCGCUGCGACCUGGGGUUCGACGCCCUGAAGAAAUGCCAGUGUGACGACCUCUGCAUCUACUACCAGAGCUGUUGUACCGACUACGCCGCCACGUGCAAGAGCAAAGUCACCCGCGGAGACGUCUUUCUGCAGCCCGAGGAUGAAUACCCGGAUUACUACGACCCCGACCUCCCCAACGUCACCACCACCGUCCGGCCUGCAACCACCAGCCCGGCCCCAGAGGCCACCACUGGCUACGAGUACGUGUGGGCAGAAGAGCCAGCAAGGGGGACAGAAGAGCCAGCAAGGGGGACAGAAGAGCCAGCAAGGGGGACCGAGGCCACGGACUCCACGGAAGAGACCUUGUGCAGCGGGAAGCCUUUCGAUGCCUUUGCCAGUCUGAAGAACGGCUCCAUCUACGCCUUCCGUGGGCGACAUUUCUACGAACUCGACGAGAAGAGCGCCAGGCCUGGUUAUCCCAAACUGAUCGAGGAAGUGUGGGGCAUCCCGGGCCCCAUUGACGCCGCCUUCACCCGCAUCAACUGCCAGGGGAAGACCUACCUCUUCCAGGGAAGCCAGUACUGGCGCUUCGACGACGGCCUCCUGGACCCGGAGUACCCCCGGAACAUCUCGGACGGCUUCAAGGGGAUCCCCCACGGCGUGGACGCGGCCUUCGCGCUGCCCGCCCAGAACUACUUCGCCAGCGAGAGGGUCUACUUCUUCCAAGGGAAGAAAUACUGGUCCUACGACUUCACGAAGCAGCCCAGCCGCCAGCAGUGCGAAGAGACGUCCCCCUCGGUGGUCUUUGACCACUACACGCUGCUCCAGGACGACUCCUGGGACGACGUCUUCCAGCUGCUCUUUGGGGGGUCGCGAAGGGGUGGGGCCAGCAGGCCACGCCCCCUCCUCAGAGACUGGAAGGGGCUGCCCGCCCAGCUGCCGCGCCUGGAUGCGGCCAUGGUGGGGCGGAUCUACGUGUCCCGCAGGGCCCCCCAGCGCCGCUCCGGGAAGAGGCCCUCCCGCCAGCACCGGAGACGGUACCGCAACCGGCAGCGCUGGGGCCGCUGGGACCCCCCGUCCUGGGACUGGCUGGACGAAGCCAGCUCGGAGUCCUCCGACCUGGACUGGCUGUGGGGCAGCGACCCCCCCUGCCAGCCCCUGCAGAGCGUCUACUUCUUUGCAGAAGACAAGUACUACCGUCUCAACCUGCAGACGAGGCGUGUGGAUACGGUGAAGCCCAGGUACCCCCGCUCCAUCGCCAAGUACUGGCUGGGCUGCCCGGAGGAGGAGGAGGACCUGGCCUGAGUUGUCGGGGGCCCCUUCCCGACCCGACACCCGCCGGCAGCCAAAUAAAGAGGGAGAUCUUCCACCCAA